UCUGUUUUCAAAAUGCUGGGCGGGGAUCGAUCAAAGCAGUAGCCAUUUUAUACAAAACAGUGCGAGAGGGAUGUUCAAAGAAGGGCGCCAGCUUCAUUAUUACUAGCACUUCAAUUCAAUCCACAAACCUAUUUUUCAAAAAAUGAGUUCCAAAGAAAGUUGCAGAAGCGAGCUCCGCACUGCCAUUCGCCAACUCAGCGAUCGUUGCCUUUACUCUGCUUCCAAAUGGGCAGCAGAACAGCUCGUGGGAAUCGAGCAAGACCCGACAAAGUUCACACCUUCAAACACAAGAUUCCAGCGUGGAAGCUCAAGUAUUCGCAGAAGGUUUCGGACCAAUGAGAUCACUUCAACACCACCCACUGGUGUUGCCUAUGUGUCCACUCCGGUGAUGGAGGAAGAUGAAGUGAUACAUGGUGACUUCUACCUUCUAGCAAAGUCGUAUUUCGAUUGCCGAGAGUAUAGGAGGGCUGCUCAUGUGCUUCGGGAUCAAACUGGAAAGAAAUCUGUGUUCUUGCGAUGUUAUGCUCUUUAUCUGGCUGGAGAGAAGCGGAAAGAAGAGGAAAUGAUAGAACUGGAAGGGCCCUUAGGUAAGAGUGAUGCUGUGAACCGUGAAUUGGUUUCUCUAGAGAGGGAGUUAUCAACUCUUUGCAAGAAUAACAUGAUUGAUCCUUUUGGGUUGUACUUGUAUGGUCUUGUACUUAAAGAGAAAGGCAAUGAAAAUCUUGCCUGCAAAGUUCUUGUGGAAUCUGUCAAUAGUUACCCUUGGAAUUGGAGUGCCUGGUCAGAGUUGCAAUCGUUAUGCACUACAGUCGACAUCUUGAACAGCCUCAAUCUCAGUAAUCACUGGAUGAAGGAGUUCUUUCUUGCCAGUGUCUACCAAGAGCUCAGGAUGCAUAAUGAAUCGUUAGUAAAAUAUGAAAAUCUACAGGGUAAUUUUACAUUUAGUAACUACAUACAGGCUCAAAUUGCUAAAGCUCGGUACAGUCUUAGGGAGUUUGAACAAGUUGAAGUCAUAUUUGAAGACCUUUUAAGGAAUGACCCUUAUCGAGUGGAGGACAUGGAUACAUAUUCUAAUGUGCUCUACACAAAGGAAUGUUUUUCUGCCUUGAGUUAUCUUGCUCACAGGGUAAUUAUGACUGAUAAAUACAGGCCCGAAUCUUGCUGCAUUAUUGGGAAUUAUUACAGUUUAAAAGGGCAGCAUGAGAAGUCAGUCAUGUAUUUUAGGAGGGCACUCAAAUUGAACAAAAAUUAUUUAUCUGCUUGGACUUUAAUGGGCCAUGAGUAUGUCGAGAUGAAAAACACUCCAGCUGCAGUUGAUGCCUACAGACGGGCUGUGGACAUAAAUCCUCGGGAUUAUCGAGCCUGGUAUGGAUUGGGACAAGCGUAUGAGAUGAUGGGCAUGCCCCACUAUGCUUUGCAUUAUUUUCGGAAAUCUGUUUUCUUCCAGCCCAUUGAUUCUCGGUUAUGGAUUGCAAUGGCUCAAUGCUAUGAAUCUGAACAACUUCACAUGCUUGAAGAAGCCAUCAAAUGUUAUAAAAGGGCAGCAAAUUGUAAUGACACAGAAGCAAUUGCCCUGCAUCGGCUAGCAAAGUUACAUAGAGAACUUGGUCACCCUGAGGAGGCAGCAUUCUACUAUAAGAAGGAUUUAGAAAGAAUGGAAGCUGAAGAGAGAGAAGGACCAAAUAUAGUUGAAGCUCUGAUGUUUCUUGCUACACACUACAAAGCACAGAAGAGAUUUGAAGAGGCAGAGGUGUAUUGUACCCGUCUUCUGGAUUAUGCUGGCCCAGAGAGAGAAACAGCAAAGAAUUUACUUCGAGGAAUGAGAAUAGCACAAUCGGGUUUUCCUUCCAUGGAUGUUGAGCAUUUUCAUUCCUGAUUUUCUCAUACAUUUGGAUAGAUGCUUGAAAUUCUUUCGAAGCAGGUAUAACUUUCCCUUUGGACUUGGGAAAUCAAAGACCAACGAAAACCUCCAGGAUAUGCCAAUUUCAGUUGGCUAGUUCUUGGUCGCUAUUGCUACAGGUGCUCUCGUUGCAUGUUUGUAACUUGGAUAAUAUCCUCAUUGUUGUGUAGUAUCAUAACAACUUGAAACAUGUAGCUAGAUGCCUGUAUAAUCCUUCUAGAGCUCAAGUAGAUGGUACUUUACAAAUGUAAUCAGGCCUGUAAAUCUUAUCUGUGGCUUUUAUGAACUGUUUGAUUCAGUUGCGUUGAAAGGCAAGCAGCGACCAUUAAGCACUCUAAA